ACUACAAUUUAUAAUUUAUUCGUAUGUAAACGUUCUUGCAAGUAGGUGUAGAUGUCGUAUGAAUAUUUCAGGAAUCGAUAAAUCAAAGCGAAUAACAGUGUGCACGUAUUGAGUAUAUUGCUAGUGCGAAGCACCGGAGCUCAUUUCUAAUUUGGCAAAAUGUUUCUAUCACUGAUUGUGUCUUCUUCUGUGAUCUUGCUGGUGAAUGCUUUUCAGUAUACACCAGAAGUGAAUAUCGAAAGUGGAAGGAUUCGUGGGCUUGUUGCUAACCUCACCACGGGUCAUGUAGUCAGAAAGUACCUUGGUAUUCCUUUCGCUAAAGCAGAUCGUUUUAAGCCUCCACAAAAUGCUACAAAAUGGUCAGACGUGAAGAACAUGAUAACAUUUGGGAAAGAAUGUCCACAGAUUCCAACUCGUUUUAGUGGUAUAAACGUAAGCGAAGACUGUCUCAACCUGAAUGUAUUUGUACCUGAAGCGUCUAGUGGUUCACCUUUACCUGUGAUGGUUUGGGUUCAUGGAGGAGGUUUUUUAUCCGGCUCCAACAGAAUAUACGAUGGCAGCUAUAUUUCUAGUCUUGGUAAUGUGAUUGUUGUAGCGAUAAAUUACCGUCUCACAGUCUUUGGAUUCCUGACAACAGGCGAGAAUGGUGAUCUUAGAGGCAACUAUGGUAUGUUAGAUCAGGUUCAAGCCCUGAAAUGGGURAAGCGAAAUAUUGCAGGAUUUGGCGGGGAUCCCAACAAAGUGACCAUAUUUGGAGAGUCAGCAGGAGCUGCAAGCGUGUCCCUUCUCAUGCUAUCUCCGCUGACCAAAGGCCUUUUCAAGAAUGUCAUCAUGCAGUCUGGAGCAGCAACGGCUAAAUGGGCUGCUAUCAGUUACGACAAAGUGGAAAAUAUAACAAGGGACUUUGGUAAAAAAAUAGGCUGUACUAAUCUGGUUGAGAUGGAGGAGUGCCUUAAGACCAAAUCUGUUAACGAGAUGAUCAGUCAUACAACGAACAACUUUUCGUUUCUACCAGUAAUUGACAAACACUUUCUUCCAGAUUUUCCCAGUGUUUUGCUUGAGAAAGGACAGUUUGAAAAAUACAACUUGAUGGUUGGAGUGAACAAUGAUGAGGGCACUGUCAUGACUAACGCCAUAACAGCUAUAGCUUACGGGAUGAAUGUCACCGACGGCAUACAAAGAAAACUUUUUGAAGAAACAGUCAGAGGUGGUGACGUACUGAAGUUUGUUGUCAAUCAAAAACCGCCAUUACCAGCCGCGAUGAUUUACCGUUACACAGACUGGAGCAACGUGAAUGACCGUUACAGAAACCGUCGAAUGUUCAUGGACAUGAUUGCUGACGCUAUGUUCAUUGCACCAGCAAUUCAGUCAGCAAAAGCAUUUGUCAACCACAGCCUUCCAACAUACUUCUAUCAGUUGCAGUACAGGGCAGAUAAUGGCAUUUUUGGACCCAUCCCUUCAUGGGUUAAAGCAUUCCACGCUGCAGAUCUUUCCUACGUAUUUGGUUUUCCUUUGAUGAAUGCCAGUCAGCUGUAUACAAAAGAUGCCAACUUCAGCCGUGAAGUCAUUAAAAUCUGGACUAACUUUGCUAAAUCUGGAGAUCCCAAUAAUCCAGAGAGUAUCCCAACACCUUGGCCUAAGUACGAUUUGAACAAUCAACAGUACGUUGCUUUUAAACCAACCAUGGUGAUAGAAGAUAAUCUCCGUUCUGAGUACGUGGCUUUUUGGAACAAUUUCGUUCCCGAGGUUGAACGUUCGAUGCCAAAACCGUGCGAGAAAGCAAGUGACGGGAAUACAAUUACGACCACAAACAUGCUUCUCGUUAUCUCUGCCAUCAUAGCUUCGCAACUUGGAAGUGGAUACUUUUGAUUCGUUUAGCGGAGAAAGAGAAAAUGGGUUCAAUGCGGCGAAGAAUGGAAUUAUUUCUUUUAAUACAGAGGAUCUUGGUUCCAAUGAAAGUAUACUAUUUUUCGUAUACUCACUAGAGAAAACGAACAUUUAAUGUUUAACUUAAACUCCUAUUAAAGUUCUAAGAAAACUUGCUAAAAAGAACGCAUGCGCWAACUUUUUUCUCUGGUUUCGGUCAGAGACAUGGAGUUAUUCCGCUUGCCAUUUCUCUUGCGCUGCUAUUAAGUAACGACAUAAAACAAAUAAUAAUAAAGCUGUAAGAAAUUCAUCUUUUCUCCCCUAGUAAUUGGGGGGAGGAAUCAGUGAAUUUGUUAAUAUUAGAUCCCUCAUUGCACAACGAAAGCUAAAGAUAUUAAUAAAUAAUUACGAAUCAUGUCAUAUCA